GUCGAGAACAUGGCGUCAGUGCGUCGUGUUUAGUGGUAGUUCAGUUGCGUUUGCUGCUCUUGUACCCAGUGUAUUUGGCGACUUUUGUAUUUUAGUUUGUGUAAUACACGUUUGAAAAGAAUACUUUCAUAAUGAGCGUUGACGCGUAUGGACCAAGUUCGCAAACGCUAACAUUUUUGGACACGGAAGAUGCUGACCUUAUCGGUGCUGAUACCCAAGGUUCUGAAUUCGAUUUUACAGAUUUUACGUUGCCUUCACAAAGUCAAACACAAGCAUCCCAGCUGGACGUUGGACACAGCCAGUCAACACAAAAUCAACUGAAUGGUGACAUUGGGGAAAAUGGUUUGGACGCAGAUAUCACAGCAACAGCAAAAGCACUGGGAGAACUUCAGUUUGAGGAAGAGGAAGAUGAAGCAUAUUACAAUAAGGACCUUCCAGAAUUUGCAUGCAAAUAUUGUGGUAUCCAUGACCCUAGUUGUGUAGUCAUGUGCAACAUAUGCAAAAAAUGGUUUUGCAAUGGACGAGGAAACACAUCUGGUUCUCAUAUAAUAAAUCAUCUUGUGCGUGCAAAACAUAAGGAAGUGACUCUACAUAAGGAUGGACCAUUAGGAGAGACGAUUCUCGAAUGCUACUCAUGUGGUGUAAGAAAUGUGUUUGUACUGGGUUUCAUACCUGCUAAAGCUGAUUCUGUAGUCGUUUUGCUCUGUCGACAACCAUGUGCUGCCCAGAAUUCUCUCAAAGACAUGAAUUGGGACCAGGAACAGUGGAAACCACUGAUUGCAGACAGAUGCUUCCUUACAUGGCUGGUGAAGAUCCCUCUGGAACAAGAGCAGUUGCGUGCAAGACAGAUAACAGCUCAGCAAAUAAAUAAGCUAGAGGAACUGUGGAAAGACAAUAUUGAUGCAACGUUCCAAGAUUUGGAGAAACCUGGUGUGGAUGAAGAACCACAACAAGUUUUAUUGAGAUAUGAAGAUGGCUAUCAGUAUCAGAAUAUAUUUGGACCUCUUGUCAAGUUGGAAGCUGAUUAUGACAAGAAACUGAAAGAGUCUCAGACACAGGAGAAUAUAGAAGUUAGAUGGGAUGUUGGCUUGAACAAAAAAAUAAUUGCAUACUUCACACUGGCAAAAACUGAUGGUGACAUGAAACUCAUGCAUGGUGAUGAACUGAGACUGCGUUACUUGGGAGAGAUGCAUAAACCGUGGUCUGGUGUUGGUCACGUCAUAAAAAUACCAGACAACUUUGGUGAAGAAGUGGGUAUUGAGUUGAAGAACAACAGUGGUGCACCAACUGAAUGUAGUUCACAUUUUGUUGUAGACUUCAUUUGGAAGUCAACUUCAUUUGAUAGAAUGCAGCAGGCACUAAGAAAAUUUGCGAUGGAUGAUUCUUCUGUGUCUGCUUACAUUUAUCAUCGCUUACUUGGGCAUGAAGUUGAUGAAGUGUUAUUUCGUUGCCAUUUGCCUAAACAUUUUUCUGCUCCACAUCUUCCAGAUCUCAACAGAUCACAGGUGUAUGCUGUGAAGCAUGCAGUCCAGCGCCCAUUGUCACUGAUUCAGGGACCACCAGGAACUGGCAAGACUGUUACAUCAGCAACUAUUGUUUACCAUCUAGUGAAGCAGAGUGGUGGUUCAGUACUUGUUUGUGCUCCUUCAAACAUAGCUGUUGACCAGUUAACUGAGAAGAUUCAUCAGACGGGCCUGAAAGUUGUUCGUCUCUGUGCAAAAUCGCGUGAAGCUAUUGAUUCCCCCGUCUCCUUUCUCGCUUUGCAUAAACAGAUACGAAUUAUGGACAGCAAUACCGAACUGCAGAAGCUACAGCAGUUGAAAGACGAGACAGGUGAACUGUCCUCUGUAGAUGAGAAAAGGUACCGCAUGCUGAAGAAAGCUGCCGAGAAAGAGCUUUUGGAGGCUGCAGAUGUUAUCUGUUGUACCUGUGUGGGUGCAGGUGACCCACGCUUACAACGCUUAAAAUUUCAUUCAAUUCUUAUUGAUGAAAGUAUGCAAGCAACAGAACCGGAGUGCAUGGUUCCAGUUGUACUAGGAGCGAAACAGCUAAUUCUUGUUGGUGAUCACUGCCAGUUGGGCCCAGUGGUUAUGUGCAAAAAAGCUGCACGUGCCGGAUUAUCGCAGUCAUUGUUUGAACGUUUGGUUGUAUUGGGGAUCCGCCCAUUCAGGCUUGAGGUGCAAUAUAGAAUGCAUCCAGAAUUAUCCAAAUUUCCUUCAAAUUUUUUCUAUGAAGGCUCACUACAGAAUGGAGUGUGUGCAGAUGAACGUAAAUUGACAAAAAUUGAAUUUCCAUGGCCACAGCCAGACAAGCCAAUGUUUUUUUAUGUAACUCAAGGCCAAGAAGAAAUCGCAGGCUCUGGAACAUCAUAUUUAAAUCGCACAGAAGCAGCAAAUGUUGAAAAAAUUACAACAAGAUUUUUGAGGUGUGGAGUCAAGCCUGAGCAGAUUGGUGUCAUAACACCAUAUGAGGGACAACGAGCGUACUUGGUGCAGUACAUGCAGUAUCAGGGCUCAUUGCAUGCGAAGCUCUACCAGGAAAUAGAAGUUGCUAGUGUAGAUGCUUUCCAGGGUAGGGAAAAGGAUCUGAUCAUCAUGUCUUGUGUGCGUUCUAAUGAACAUCAAGGAAUUGGAUUCUUAAAUGACCCAAGAAGACUGAAUGUUGCACUCACACGUGCAAAAUAUGGGAUUAUAAUCGUUGGCAACCCAAAAGUGCUAUCAAAGCAACCUUUGUGGAACCACCUGCUGAAUUUUUAUAAAGAACAGAAAGUUCUAGUUGAAGGCCCCCUAAACAAUCUAAAAGAAUCAAUGAUCCAGUUUGCAAAACCAAAGAAGAUCGUAAAUACAGCAAACCCUGGAACUCACUUCAUGUCUACAUCAAUAUAUGAUGCCAGAGAGGCAUUGGUUCCAGGAAGUGUGUAUGAUCGCACUAGCCAUUUAAAUGGCACACCAGCACCUAAUCAUUUUUUCCCUAGACCAACAAAUGGUGUACCAAUGGACUUAUACAGCCGCACUCAUGAUCCUGCAAGUUAUAUAUCCCCAGAAAGGGCUCAAGCUGCAUUAGCAAAUAUUCCAGUACCGGUUGGUAUGUUCAUGAAUAUGGCACAUGUUCCACCACGCUUUUACAACCAGCAUCAGCAGGCUUUGCAAGCACGACAAAACCAGAGAAACAGAGCAGCAACGAGGAACAAAGUUAAGAACACACGCAAUUCUGUAAAAACUGGACUUAAUCAAGCAGGGCAGAGUCAGGAUGCAACACAAUCUUACAGUCAAGCUGCACCACUAACUCAAGGAAUGUCACAGGGAAUGUCGCAACCUGGAUUUAGCCUGUCACAGCCAGGACUUUCCCAGCCUGAGUUGUCACAGGACAGUUAUAUGGUGGGAGAAUUCCAGUCACAAAUGGAUGGACUCCUGUCACAGGAUUCAACCUACCAAGGAGACCGCUCAGCCUUUUUCACUGGCGGCGCUUCACAAGGAGGACAGUUCUCACAGCCAUAUUGAGCACGCGGGCGGUGGCUGGUUCGCGGAGCGUCGCGGGAGCGGCACGAAGUGACACAAACCCAAUUGAGGGGCGGACGGAGACGGUAGUAGAGUGGAACAUCCAAACAUGCAAGUGCAAGAGAGACAGCUGGGAGCUGUCAGCCGAUGUGUGGGAGAGGCAAAGAAGCUGCUGCUGCUACUGCUGCUGUUGGAGCAAUCGCUACCCACCGGAACCGGAAGCCGACCCCCGGAAAUACAACCUGAAUACUGAUCCAGAUCUGGCAAGGUUUACUGCUUGGUAAGUGCAGUGCCACAGUCUGUCAGGGAUCACAAGAAUGGGAAAUUGAAUGGUUACCAAUGCCAGCUUCUGUUUUGAAGUAUUGCCAACAAGGGUACAGCAAAUCAUAAUUUAUGUAAGUCAUGACACAUGAAACAGAAUUUUUGUAGAAGUGCCAAGAUGGCUUGUUUCUUUUUAUGAGUUUUAAAAACUCUUAUAAUAAUUCACACAUUAUAAGAAUGAGUGAGAAGGAAACAACUUACACAUUCUUACACAUUUCAGUUUGUUUGAAAAUUUUAUUGUGUGGGGAAAAGUUUUUGCACUCUUUACAUUUUAAUUUUCUGUUCAUGUUGAGAUGAAUGUGAGCAAAUACAUUUUAGAAAUUGCACUGGGAAUAGCAUGCUGCAACAUGCUUUCAGCGUUAUCAGUCCUCCAUGCCUGUAGGAUUUCCAUUUAUGCAUUAUUUGUAUCUUUAUCCCUAAUUUCUGGGAUGGUUAGGCAAGAGUUGCCCUCAUGGAUGUGUGUUACUCUUCCAGAGGGUGAAGCAAAAGGUGACGUUUCAAAUUCAGUUGUGAAUUAGUAUUACACAUUUAGAGAAGUUUUAACUCAGUAAUAUGAGCUUAACCUAAUGCUCAUUUCUUGAAAUUUUUUGCCGAUGUAAUAGUUUUGAGUUUAAAUUGCAAAAAUCAAUGAUUAAAUGUACUGUGGACUUUGUAACAAAUUCCUCUAAUUUGAAAAUGUAAUCUCUGCCUGUGCAGUUUAUCUUUAUUGUUAGGAUUUUAUAAUUUAUAUGGUUUGAUAUACUGACUGAAAUUACACCCAUUUGUGUUUGUGAAAUGUCAUUAAGAAACAUGGGCAAAUAAAUCAAAUAACCAGAAUGGGAAAAAUUGAGCUUUUAUUAUUUUUUCUGUUAGUCGUUUAGAUCAUACUGCCAUCACUCUAAGUGCAAACUAAUGUUAAGUUUUUGGGAAGUGUAGUUGAAUAAAGGAAAUUUGAUUUUUGUGAACAGUGGUAUAUUUUUGAUAAACGUUGUAUUUCUACCCUUGGUAUGGUACAAACAUGAAGUCUCACUGCUCUGCUUAAUGUAGAAAAACUUUUAUAAUGAUUUUACUUUGUUGUAAUAAUUAAAUGAAAAUGUUGGUUCUUGCAUUAGGGGCAACUGCUGGGUGACGAAUGAAAUUUCUGUUUCAAAUAUUUUAUUUUAGAAAUAGAAGAGAUUUUCAACACACACACACACACACACACACACACACACACACACACACAC